GAGCGGGAGGGCUGGCUGGGUUUGGCGGAAGUGGUGUGGGCGAGGUGAACCCGCAGUGCAGAGAAGCGGAUCAGCGCGAUGGAGGGGUCGGCAGCAACGACGCGCUUCGCUCUGAUGAUUGUCCGACAUGGACAAACAAGAUUAAACAAGGAGAAAAUAAUUCAAGGACAAGGGGUAGAUGAGCCUCUUUCAGAAACUGGAUUUAAACAAGCAGCUGCUGCUGGUAUUUUUCUAAAUAACGUGAAGUUCACUCAUGUUUUCUCCAGUGAUCUCACUAGGACAAAGCAGACUGUGCAUGGGAUUUUGGAGAAGAGCAAAUUUUGCCAAGACAUGACAAUAAAGUAUGAUUCAAGACUUCGAGAAAGAAAAUAUGGGGUUGCAGAAGGCAAGGGGCUGAGUGAGCUAAGGGCAAUGGCCAAAGCAGCUGGGGAAGAAAUACCUGGGUACACACCACCUGGAGGAGAGACCUUAGACCAGGUGAAGAUGCGUGGAACAGACUUUUUUGAAUUUCUUUGUCAACUGAUCUUGAAGGAGGCAGAUCAAAAAGAACCAAUUUCCUCAGAAACUUCAAGCAACAGUUUGGAAACUUCUUUGGCAGAGAUAUUCCCUUUAGAAAAAAACUGUGCCUCCAAAUUUAAUUCAGACAGCAGUGCUCCAGAAUUAGUAGCCAGUGUCUUAGUUGUGAGUCAUGGUGCCUACAUGAGAAGCCUGUUCAAUUAUUUUCUGACUGACCUUAAGUGUUCCUUACCAGCAACUGUGAGCACAUCUGAAUUUACAUCAGUCAGUCCCAACACAGGGAUUAGUCUCUUCAUUAUAAACUUUGAGGAAGGAAGAGAAGUUAAACCAACAAUUCAAUGCAUUUGCAUGAACCUACAGGAUCAUCUAAAUGGAGUGACUGAAACUUGCUAAAAAUCUAACUGUUUUGAGCCUCUGAGGGAGGGAGUGCCUUUGACUUUAUUUAUUUUCAUCCUCUGCUAUCGCUGAUUUGGAAACAGUUAAAAAGCUUUUUACUGUAACAGGUGUUAAAGCUUGAAGGGAAUCAUAGCCACAUAAAACACUAAUGGAAAACCAUUUAGAAUUGACUUUUGUCUGAGUGCAGUUGGCAUUUUCCAGAGUAUUUGUACUGCUCUGCUUAGUUAUAUCUCUGGAUUGUAAAUGGGUGAAGGAACUCAGUAUUGCAAAUUGGGGGAUUAAUAACCUGAUUAUGUUUUUUUCUUUUAUGUUGAUACUUUUCUCUAAAGUCUGAAAAAUCUAGCUUAUUUUAUUGGCUCUUGUUAAGAUACUGUAUGUUUUGUGCUAUUUCCAUUCAGUGCUUGGAAAACGGGACUAUUUAUAAUUCCCACUGCGUAUUUAUAGUGCCAAUAUGGCAUAUUUUAAAAGUCCUUUAAAUGAAAAGUGCUUAUUACCAUUGGUAAGUUUAUAUAAAAAUGACACUAAUUUUUAAUAUAGAAAUCAGCUGUUGGAAUUGUUCACUCUAGAAGGUUUGAAAUGUGAAUAAAUGAAAAUUAGGGUGCAGAAUGAUCUGGUGAGGAGGAAGUUAAAGCAUCACUAGAUUUGAAAACAUUGAAGAAGGAAUCCAACCAGGAAAAGAUAAAGUUCUUUCUUAUCUAAUCCGUAGGCUGAAAGGUUUAGUGUGAGGACAGCUCUGAAGAAAGUGAACAGGUACCAGUGUACUGCACAGAAACCUCAAUAAAAGUGUGUGCUUCAUUAAAGAGAAAUGGCACUCUAAUAACUGCAGAUGUGAGCUUUUGUGGAAGGCACAGACGAGGUUGCCUCUUUUUCCCACCAGAUGGCAGUGGAGAAAGGGAUUUUGGUUAACUUAAUUUUGUACAUAUGAUUAGGCCCUUAAAAAUCCUACCUAAAUGAAGACAUGUUUUACAUGCAGUUGCUUUUCAGUUCGCAUGUUGAUGAAUGUUCUGAGUCUCAACUUCUAAAAGAAUUAACGCUAAAGUGUGUCAGUUAAGGCUAAAACCAUGUCUAGUCAACAUUUACUUUGAGCAUCACUGAAGCCGCAGGUGCAGGGUGGCAUUCUAGGGUUUGUGUGUCCAGCACCAGCCGCUUUCCUGCCAGUUUGGGACAGAACGUGUGGUUGAGCACCGGGGAAGUACACUGCAAAUGAAAACUGGACAAAACAACUGAAAAGGACGAAUAAUAAUAAUAGAUGCAUUCCCAUCUAUUAUUAUUAAUAAUAAUAUUAAUUAUUAUUAAUAAUAAUUCCCCGCAGCCCUGCGCCCGCUCGUGCUCUGCGGAGGCGCCCGCUGAGCGAGUCUGCGUGCGUGUCCAUCCGUUCUUUACGCUUCCGCCUGGUGUCAUAAGGACACAGUAUUAUUCUGAUGUUUUAAAAAUAUACAUAAAUAUCUUCAAGCUGUCUGUAUCCUUUAUUUUUACUUAUUUUAUCUUGGGGCUCUUAUUUUGAUAUGUAUACGUGUAUUUACUUAAUACCACUGUGUUCUGUUGAAAAAAUAUGGCAUUUUUGUGUAUUUAUUCUUCUCUGUUGGUGGGCAUUUAGGUAUAUUCAACAUUUUCCCAUAAAAACUGCUGCAGGGAGCAGCCUUUUGCAUCUCUUCUGCUGGGCAAUAAAACGUGCAUCUCCUGUCAACAGGAGCUAAAUUGUUUUCGGAAUGGCUGUUCUGUUUUUCAGCCUUGCUAGCAGUAUUCAGAAGUUCCUAUUUUCCACAUCUUUGUCAGCGCUUGACUCUCUUGACAAAUUUUCUUAAUUUAUUGAGUGAAAAAUAUUAUGUUAUUAUUUUCAGGAGCUUUUCUGUGAUUGCUAAUGGGUCUGGGUGUUUUUUUCCAUGUAUAUAUUGACAAUUAGCACUUCCUCACUGGUAAAGCACCCAGUGUAUAUUCUCUGCCUGAUUGCCUCCCGGGCCAUUUGGGGUUUUUUAGUGAGUUACAGGAGUAAUGUCGCAAAUACCUUCCAGUUUCCUUGCCUUUUACAUAUGUUUAUCAUGCACUUUUUUAUGUUUUAUUUUCUUUACAUUUAUUUUUCAAUUAUAGUUGAUAUACAAUAUUAUAUUAGUUUCAGGUGUCCAACAUAGUCAUUAGAAAUGUGUAUAACUUACAAAGUGAUCACCCUGGUAAGUCUAGAACUCACCUGGCACCAUACCUACCUAUUUACAGUGUCACUGUCUUCCCUACGCUGUACUAUACAUCCUUCUGACUGUUUUUAUAACUGGUAAUUUGUACUUGUUAAUUGCUC